AUGGGCCGGGGCCUGCUGUCCCCACCGAUGAAAGUGUAUGCCCUGCAGUCUUACGUCAGUGAUCUGACAAACCAGAACCAGGUUCUGGUGGAGGCCGUUGAAGACCUUGAGAAAGAAGCUCAACACAAGGUCUCCAGUGUGGGCAUGAAGCUCCAACCCUCUGACUCUAUCGUUCAUGAGCGGAUGCAGCAGAGGUGGUCCUCGGGGCGCAGUGCGUGCAGCCUACAGCCCACUGGGGACACAGAGUGCAGGUCAGCCGCGAGCAGCAUCACGCCACUCCUCCAGCCGGCAGGACGUGUGCCGCGCAACCCGGACAUUGUGCGUCUGGAGGAUUGGCCCGGGAAGGCGGAGGGAGAGGGCUGGAGGGUCGGAGCCGAGGCAGCGGCGCUCCAGACCCGCCGCAGGCUGCGAUUAGCGGGCGGAGACCCGGGGAGACACGCCCAGACGGGGCAGGACAGCGGGCUGCAGGAGAAACACUGUCAACAGCUGUCCCUGGACAACUCCCAGCUCCCAGACAGCCUGGCUGCACUGCAGAACAAGGUGCAGUUGAUAUGGCGGGCCUCCUUAAUACUUUAUGAUUGUACAUUUCCCCAGAUUGUGCGUCUGGAGGAUUGGCCCGGGAAGGCGGAGGGAGAGGGCUGGAGGGUCGGAGCCGAGGCAGCGGCGCUCCAGACCCGCCGCAGGCUGCGAUUAGCGGGCGGAGACCCGGGGAGACACGCCCAGACGGGGCAGGACAGCGGGCUGCAGCGUGUCAGACACUCGGAGCCGGAUGCUGUGCCUCAGUGCAGAGACUCUCAGGGGUCUAUAGAGAGAGCUCUCUCCGUGCAGGAGAAACACUGUCAACAGCUGUCCCUGGACAACUCCCAGCUCCCAGACAGCCUGGCUGCACUGCAGAACAAGACCUCUGCGUGGAGGGUGGGCGACCUCAACAGGAGCCUUGGCCAGGAGAGACAGCCGGUCCAUGACCAGCUACAGAGCACCAAGGAGAGUCAUCAGGUCCAGGACCAGAAACAACAAACCAAUCAGGAGAGCCCUCAGACACUGCCGGUCCAGGACCAGCUACAGAGCACCAACCUAGAGAGCACCAACCAGGAGAGCUGGCAGGUCCAGGACCAGCUACAGAGCACCAAUCAGGAGAGUCAGCAGAAUCAGCAGAUCCAGGACCAGCUACAGAAGGCCAACCAGGAAGUGGGCCGCCUGCGACAGGAACUGGCACACCUGCGUCACACCGCCGAAAAAAAGAUCCAGCGGAGGGAGGUCAAGCUGGCUGCCCUGGUGAAGGAGCUAGAGGAGAGGAAGAAGCUGGGAUCUGACUGUCAGAAAGAGAGCUCCUCGGAGCGGCUGCAGCGGGAGGCGGCCCAGCUCCGAGCCAAGAUGGAGGAGCGCGGCCGGGUCUGCGCGGGCCUCGCGCGGGACAAAGAGCGAUUAGAGAGCGACCUAGCCCGCGGCCACGAGGAACGCUGCGCCGCCCACCUAGAGGUGAGGAGCAGAGAACAGCUGAUCAUCCAGCUGAGAGCAGAGAUGAAGGCCACUCAGCAGACUCACCACAGGACCCUGGAAGUGAUGUCCGCCCUGCAGAGGGAAGUCAGCCGGCUGACCGAGGACAUGGGAGGGCGGCAGGAGGAGACGUGUCUGCUGAGAGGGAAGGUCAGGGAGCAGGGAGAGAUUGCAGAACAGAAGGAGAAGGAACGAGUUCAGCUCCACCUCCAGCUGUGUGGCUGCCAGCAACAGGUACGGUCCCAGGCGGAGUCCGUCCGCCAGUUGACCUCUGACCUGGAAGCGGUCAAAGCGGCCCACGUGGCGGACGCCGACCACUGGGGCCGGAGACGAGGCCAGCUGCACAGCCGGUCGGAGCAGGUCAGCGCCCAGCUCGCCCAAUCACAGGCCAGGCUCAGAGAGAGCGAGGCCGAGGUCACCAGUCUCAAGGAGAGCUUGGUCCGGGCCAAGGCGGGUCGGCGGGAAGCCGCAGACAAGGCUUAUGAAGGUCUGAUGAAGACGAGGGACGCAGAGUUGGAAUCUGCACACCGUCAGUUGGUAGGGGCUCGUGAGGACCUGAAGGAGGCCACAGCGUGCGCCCGGAAACACGAGGAGAGCGUGGCCAUAUUAAAGCAGAAGUACGCUGUUGCCAUAGAGAAGAUGCAGCAGGUUCAGGGCCAGGCGGACUGCAUGGAGGAGGAGCUGUGCUAUUCACAGCAGCAGCUAAGAGACUCCCUCUUAGCAACGAGUGCAGCCAAGGCACAGCUGGCCGAGCUGGAUGGGCAGUACCGGGAGAUGUUCAGCCAAUGGGAGCACUCAAAAGAGGCCCAGGCCCAGUUGACGGACGAGCUUCAAGCCAAUCAGAGUCACCUGAGAGAGAGCCAGGCCAAAGUGUGCCUGAGUGAGGGCCUCGUUGUGGCAUUGAACAAACAGGUGGACGAUCUGAAACAACAGACGUCGAUGUGUGAGCGAGAGCUAAUCCUGCCAGGCAGACUCAUUCUCACCCAGACCGGGAGCACCUCAGCCUUCUGUCUGACAACCAGCAGCUGCAGAAGCGCUGCUCGGACCAAGUGCAACAUCUGGCGGAGGCUGAGAGAGCUAUCCUUCAGAUAAGGACUAAGCUGGAGACACAGUCGAAAGAGAAAGCCGAGGUGGAGCGAGGUCUGGUCGAGGCCCACCACAACCACCUGACCACUUACAGGCAGCAGGAACAGGAAGUGACCAAGCUUGAAAGGAAGUGACACGCUUGAAGCUGGAGCUCACUGACAGCCAGAGAAACAGGGCUCACCAGGAGCAGAUGUUGGAGGAGCUCCAGCGGGUGUCGGCGGAGCCGCUGAGGGCGGCCCGGCAGGAGGCAGAGCGGCUGGGCCUGGAGGCCGAGGCGGGCCGGGCGGAGGUCCAGAGGCUCCAGGAGGCCCUGCAGAGGGGGGAGGGCGCGGCCCAGGAGAGCCAGGGACUGAGGGCCCGCGCCAGGCAGCUGACCAAGGAGCUGGAGGAGCUGCGAGGCAAGCACCGACAGACAGGUGCGAGACAGCUGCCUGCCACCCAUGAUCCAUCGAUCCAUCGAUAGAUUGAUCAAUCCGUUGGUCGAUCGACCCCUUUGAUCGAUCACACAACAAGUCAUUAAAAUCUGCAAAUUUAACA